ACCAUGAAUCAGCUUCAAGUCUUCAUUUCGGGCCUCAUACUGCUUCUCCCAGGCACUGUGGAUUCUUAUGUAGAUGUGAAGGGGGUGGUGGGUCACCCUGUCACACUUCCGUGUACUUACUCAACUAAUCGUGGAGUCACAACAACAUGUUGGGGCCGAGGGCAAUGCCCAUCUUCUAGUUGUCAAAAUACACUUAUUUGGACCAAUGGAUACAGGGUCACCUAUCAGAAGAACAGUCGAUACACCCUAAAAGGGCAUAUUUCAGAAGGAGACGUGUCCUUGACAAUAGAGAACUCCGUGGAGAGUGACAGUGGUCUGUAUUGCUGUCGAGUGGAGAUUCCUGGAUGGUUUAACGAUAAGAAAGUGACCUUUUCAUUGCAAGUUAAACCAGAAAUUCCCACAAGUCCUCCAACAAGACCCACAACUACAAGAAGACCCACAACUAUUUCAACAAGAUCCACACAUGUACCAAUAUCAACCAAAGUCUCUGCCUCUACUUCUCCAACACCAGCACACACGCAGACUCACAAACCAGAACCCACUACAGUUUGUCCCCAUGAGACAACAGCUGAGGUGACAGAAAACCCAUCCUAUAUUCCUGCAGACUGGAAUGGUACUGUGACAUCCUCAGAGGACACCUGGAAUAAUCACACUGAAGCAAUCCCUCCACGGAAGCCACAGAAAACCCUGACUAAGGGCUUCUAUGUUGGCGUCUCCAUCGCAGCCCUGCUGCUGCUGCUGCUUGUGAGCACUGUGGCUGUCACCAGAUACAUACUUAUGAAAAGGAAGGCGUCAUCUCUAAGCUUGGUUGCCUUCCGUUUCUCUAAGUUUGGAGCUUUGCAGAAUGCAGUGGUUGUGCAUCCCCGAACUGAAGACAACAUCUAUAUUAUUGAAGAUAGACCUUGAAGUGCAGAAUGAGUCCCAGUGGCCCUCUGAGGGGCCUUCUGCCUGAGAUUAUGAAGACUGUCACUGAUUUCACAGAGUCAAACACUCAUUACAGCUCCAGGACAAUUUUCUGUGUUGGUUCUUCUGGCUGUAGCGGAGAGGGUAACCCUCAACUGUGUAUACUUAAAACUCAGGUUAACAUCAUCCUAAUUUUUGUAUCAGCACGGCCUCAGUGUCUUCACUCACUGUAGGGAUUCUCUCAAAUGUGAAUGUUUUAGAAGUUUGUGUUUCCUUUAGUCAAUGUAAUCAUUGGUAAUACAAAAAUUCUAUCUUGGUUAUUAAAACUGUUAACAAGAGAGGAACAGGAAUUAAAAGAUGGUGUGGGGGGGCAUUCUGAAUUUAGAAGUACUUCAUGAUUGUGUUUUAUCUAUUUUAUUGUAAUUUGAGAAGUUACUUCUACCCUUCCCAAGGAGUAAAAUCAUGGGAACAUGGAGGUUUUAAUUGCUCUCAUAGAUAUAAAUAGAAGAGAGUCUAAUAUCGUCAAUAUAGGUGAUUAUAUUUCUCAUAGCUCUGGAAAUAUGAUCAUUUAUUAUGCAGUUGAUCUUAGGAUAAGAAUGGGUGUUUCUUAUAAAGAGAGGUUACCAUGGUGAAAUGGACCAGGCCCACAUCAGGGGAAGAAAAUAAUGGAUCAGGGAUUCAGUUCAUUAGUGCUAUUUCUACUACACUUCCGUCUUGAUGCUCACUGUUCCUAUACUGACCCACUGAGCUCUGAAUUAGGUGCUACAUGGAGACAAUGCAGAAAUGAAAGGGGAAAGGAAAGAGAGCAGGACACAGACUCUCUGCUGAGAGAAGUCCUAUUGCAGUUGUGACAGAGUUUGGGACUGUCACAGCUUUCCUUUAGACUUCUAAAUUUCUAAAUUGUCCUCAGGCCAUGUUUAUAUUUAAAUUGAUUUCAGAAAGACAUAGCAUCUUCUUCAGUGAGUCAGUUUGUCACAAUAAAAUGUUUUGUUUUGCUAAGAGUUA